AUGGUUGUCCGAGAGUACAAUGAAGAAAUGAAGUAUAUCGAGAGGUUGUCGCCAAACAGCUUCCUGAUCAAAAAAGGCUUCCAAUCUAACAUGAACGUUGAAGGGGUGUUCUACGCCAAUAGUCGUCUAGAGAAACUUAUGUUCGACGAGCUACGCAACGCCUGUCGGCCUGGAAUGACCGGAGGAUUCCUUCCCGGCGUUAAACAGAUUGCAAACGUUGCCGCCCUGCCGGGCAUAGUUGGACGAUCGGUUGGUCUUCCCGAUAUCCAUUCCGGGUACGGAUUUGCGAUCGGCAACAUGGCCGCUUUUGACAUGAGCGAUCCUACCUCCAUCGUUUCACCUGGUGGUGUCGGCUUUGAUAUCAAUUGUGGCGUGCGAUUGCUUCGCACGAACCUGUUCGAAAAAGAUCUUCUGCCGGUAAAGGAGCAGCUAGCUCAAUCCCUUUUCGAUCACAUCCCCGUAGGUGUCGGGUCCAAGGGUAUCAUUCCGAUGAACGCGCACGAUCUCGAAGAAGCUCUCGAGAUGGGUAUGGAUUGGUCGCUACGUGAAGGAUACGUUUGGGCCGAAGAUAAGGAGCACUGUGAGGAGUAUGGUCGGAUGUUGAACGCCGAUCCGAGCAAAGUCAGCAUGCGCGCCAAAAAGCGCGGACUUCCACAGCUUGGUACAUUGGGGGCCGGCAACCAUUACGCCGAAAUUCAAGUGGUCGAGGAAAUCUACGAUAAGUACGCCGCCAGCAAGAUGGGCAUUGAAGAGCUGGGACAGAUUUGCGUAAUGAUUCACUCGGGUAGCCGCGGUUUUGGUCACCAGGUUGCAACCGAUGCGCUGGUCGAGAUGGAAAAAGCGAUGAAACGAGAUAAAAUUGAGACAAACGACCGGCAGCUGGCAUGUGCCCGAAUCAAUAGCCCCGAAGGCCAGAACUAUCUGAAAGCGAUGUCGGCAGCCGCCAACUUUGCCUGGGUGAACCGUAGUUCCAUGACGUUCCUUACAAGACAAGCCUUCGCGAAGCAGUUCAACACCACGCCUGACGAUCUCGAUAUGCACGUCAUUUAUGAUGUGUCGCACAAUGUCGCCAAAAUGGAGGAACACAUGGUCAACGGCCGACCGAAACAGCUACUCGUCCACCGAAAAGGAUCCACGCGUGCGUUUCCACCGCACCAUCCGCUGAUCCCAGUCGAUUAUCAGCUUACCGGUCAGCCAGUGCUCGUCGGUGGAUCCAUGGGAACGUGCAGUUUUGUGCUGACCGGCACGGAAACGGGCAUGGCGGAGACUUUCGGAUCGACCUGUCACGGCGCUGGACGUAGCUUGUCACGUGCCAAAUCUCGCCGUAAUCUUGACUACAAGGACGUGCUGCGAGACCUAGAAGAAAAGGGAAUUUCCAUCCGAGUCGCAUCUCCUAAGCUGGUCCAGGAGGAAGCUCCGGAUUCGUACAAGGAUGUACGCGACGUGGUUCAAACGUGCCACGAUGUAGGUAUUAGCAACAAGGCCAUUAAACUGCGUCCGAUUGCUGUUAUUAAAGGCUAAUGACGACGCCGGUGUGCUGUGAAUAUUAAUUAU